AUGAAGGCCAAGUUCGAAGAUGGGUGUGGUCCGAGCAUAGGGGCCAGAGGCAGUGGGGUAGGAAAUCUGUCCAUACCAAGACAGGCAAAAAUGAAGCUUCUUAGCUUUCUUUUCUUGGCAUCCAUGGUGGCCAGAAGCAGUCAGUUAACGUGUCUAAGUGACCUUCGACGUCCAGAACCCACUGACAUCUCCGUUGAAUGUGGCACUUCCUCGAUGAGCUUGGCUAUCCAAAUCUGCCCUGUCAUCUACACUGGCUACAAUGAGUCUUUGCUCAUCCUCAACCACAUGUUCGACAAGCCGGAGUGUAAAGGAACCUUGGAUGAAUCUGCCAGCCCACCUGUUGUCAGGUUCACCUUCCCCCUCAACAUGACCAAUGCCUGCGGCAGCACUUUCCUGACCACCAGUGCAGCUGGCACAGGGAUCUUUGCUGACUUCUCCAACAUCCAGACAGUUAAUAUCAGUGGCGUGGUGCGCUCCCAUGAUCCAACCACGGGGGUAGUCACCUAUAAUGCUGAGCUCAAAUAUUAUUACUCCUGUGCUUACCCUCUGGAGUAUCUCAUCAACAACACCCAGGUGGACGUGUCAGCAUCUUCCAUUGCAGUGAGGGACAACAAUGGAAGCUUCAUCAGCACUUUAAGCAUGGAACUCUUCAGCGAUGACCAAUACACCAAUCCUCUGAUCAUACCAUCACUGGGCUUAGAGCUGAGAACAGAUGUCUAUGUCCAAGUCCAAGCAGCCAACCUGACUGAUCAGUACCACGUGCUGCUGGACAGAUGCUAUGCUUCCAUCUCUCCUCAUCCCACCAACUCCACUUUCUUCAACCUGUUUGUCUCGUGCUCUAGGGAUCAGAUGACCACCAUGAAAGAGAAUGGGGACAGUCACAACGCCCGCUUCUCCUUCCCGGCCUUCAGGUUUGUCGAACAGCAGAAUGAGACAGUGUCCACCUACUACCUGCACUGUAUCACCAGGCUUUGUGAGAUCAGCACCUGCAAUGACUUUAAGCAAUGUAACAACAGGAGGAAAAGGGAUGUUUCUUCCACUGGUAUUUCAGAGGCCACCACCCUAUCCUCAGCCAUUCCCAUUGUCACCAGAAAUGGGAAUUGUAAGUAUGGCUCAGCUGAUUCCAGCAGUGACUCGGAAUCCAGAAUGGGUCUCGGUAUAGCUGUGGGCAUCCUCACUCUGGCCGUCAUUGUGAUUGGAGCUGCAGCAGUUGUCCUCUACAAAAGGACCACACACUUUUAA